CCAGCCAGCUGAGUCACGGCGGCGAUCAGCUGGCGGCCGCGGGCAGGAGAGGCGCCGCUCCGAGAUGAGGCCGCUACACCAACUGCUGCUCUGCGCCAAGCUCCUCUUCGUGACGUGCUUAGCCUACAGGCCGGUGUUCAUCAUCCAUGGCGUCUGGGACCUGAGAUUCAGCCUCGACUUUCUGGCCGAGCAUAUAAGACAGUAUCACAUUGGGACUGAGGUUCAUGUAAUCGACAUACUGCAUGGAUGGCGUUCCCUUGCCCCUCUGUGGUACCAGGUGAAGACCUACCAUGCCCACAUGCUGCCCAUCAUGCGGGAGGCUACCGAUGGCGUCAUACUCAUAGGUUACUCACAAGGUGGCAUCAUAAGCAGAGGUAUUGUGGAAACUACAGACCACAACAUCACUACCUUCAUCUCCCUCUCGUCUCCUCAAGCUGGACAGUAUGGAGAUGGAUUUCUUCGUCUGAUAUUUCCACAGUAUAUAAAAGAAACUGUAUAUGAGGUGUUUUACUCCCGAGUUGGCCAGAGGAUAUCUGUCGCAAACUACUGGAAUGAUCCCCACCACCAAAAGUUAUAUUACAAGUUCAACAACUACCUCCCAUACAUAAACAACGAAAUCAACAGUUCCUACCAAGAGGAUUACCGACAAAAUUAUUUAAAGCUGAAGAACCUUGUUUUGAUUGGAGGCCCAGAUGAUGGUGUCAUUACUCCCUGGCAGUCCAGCCACUAUAGCUUUUAUGACAGUCAAGAAAAUAUAGUUGAAAUGAAGGACCAGACUUUCUACAAACAAGAUUUGUUUGGACUUCAUACUCUGGACAAAGCUGGGAAGGUCAAGAUCUAUGAGGUGCCAGGAGUGUAUCACACAGAGUGGCAUCACAAUGUUUCAGUCAUCAAGAACUGUAUCCUGCCAUGGUUGGACUAGACUUCAUAUUCCCAUUUUCAAGUUUUUGCGUAUCUGUGUACAAAUGUUUCAUAUUCAGUGUAAAUAAUCAGCAACUUCAGGGAAAAAUGCACUUGACUGAGUGCAGAGAAUUCAAGUUGUAGCCGUACUCAUAUUUCCUGAGUUAAAAAGUUUGUUUCCUACUUACGAAAGUUUACUAAUAGGGUAAUGAAUCUGCAUUGCGAUCUUGAAUAAUUUCAAGUAUACAAACAUCACUGUACGUGUCAUCACCUGAAGACAUGCAGUGCUAAACUGUGGAUAUAGUUUUAAGCGCUAACACUUUGGAUCUGAGUAUCGGUGAUCACAUUCAAAUACGGGUGUCUUGGAAUGCUUCAGCUGUGAUUUAGACCAAACUUUCAUUUAUAAGUCACUACAUGAAGUCUUUAUAGCCAGGCUAAAACUUGUAAAAAUUCCUGAUGCUUAAUUCAUAUUCCAGCCUGGCUCACCUCACACUACUAAUAUUAUUUUGUAUUAAUAACUCUGGGUGGUUUAGGUGUUUUUAUUAGUAAACAGGAGCUGCUGAAGCAUACAUUUUUAAAAACAAGUUUUGAUGCUUUAUUCCUCAUGCUUUGAGCAUAAGCAAAAAAAUAAUGAUGCAGAUUUUUCUUGGAUUUAAAAACUGAAAACACACAGGCAGAGAGAAAACUAGAGUCUGCUGCUGUGGCCACCCACUCAAGGGACGGUCCCUGAGGAAACAUGGUAUCAGAAAAAACUUCCCAGGUUUUACUUAUUCCAGGCAAUUAACAAUCCUAGAAUCAUAGACACAAACAAAGUUUGAAAGCCUAUGAACGCUUACCAGUCUUUUAAUUCAGAGGAAUCAUUUGCGAUUAUCACUGUUAGAGAAGAAACAAAAUUUGGCUGAACAUGAAUAAAGUAUUGAUAAUAUGAUAUAUACAUUAUAAACAAGCAAAAUUUGAAAAGUACACAAUGAAAUGGAAGAAUAUGUAAGAAGAAAAUAUUAGACAGUGCCUUUUUUAUUUGUUGCAGAGGGAAAUAUCAAAGCUUGAGGUAACAGUGGAAAAUCCCUCCCCCAUUUGUGGCAAUCAGGACAAUGUGUGUGUGGGUGUAUAUGGGGUUGAAAGUAGUCAGUUUAGUUUUACUAGUGUCUGUAUGUCUGAUGGCUGUGAUUCCUCUAUUGUAUGAUUUGCAAAAUUAUCUGACAAUAUAUAGUCAUGCCAGAUAAACUUUAAUAUGAGCUUAGAAACAGUAUCUACAAGGAGAUUCAUAUUUAUACUAGUUUUAAAAUUGAGAGAUUAAUACUUUCCACUUUCAUGGUACUCAUUUUGCAGCCUAUUUUUAUCUAUAUCUGAUGCCCUGUACCCUGAUGUUAACUUCCUUCAGAUGGGUGGCCACAGCAGAAACCUCUCCAACUCUCCUUGUUACAGUACUCAUUCUCAGCACAUCCUGUCCUUUGCUUGCCAACUCCCUCUCUCCAAUUCUACUGAUCCAUUUCACUUGUGGUCUGCCCCUGACACACUCCCUCAACCCUAUCCUCAUUCAUGCUUCACAAAGUUAUGAUCAUUCACUCUCACUCCCUUUGCUGUUAUAUCUAUACCAAAACUCUAACAUAUUUUCAUUACUAUCUUCAUCCUUUCUCAAAAUACCGCAUGCAUGUUUUAUGUAACGCAUUUACAUUGAAGAGCAGAAUUAACAGAAAGCUAAAACACCUCACGAAAGAGUAUGAACUGUCCUCAUGUAAAAGGUUAAUAAAAGCUGUUUGUAAGACAGGUGCUUGUGGUGGCUACAGAGUUAAGCAAGAAUAUGACACAGUGAUAUACAGAGACUACAUGAAGCUAGUCAGGUUAGAUGUGAAAGUUUCUGUGAACUAGUUAUCAUGAAAGAAACAAUUUACGUAUUCUGAUUAGUGGUACAGCAGUUGGUUUGUGCUGAGUAAGACUUGCUGUUUUAACCACUUGUUUGUUCUUUCAGUAGGAAAUAUAUAAUUUUAAUUGUAACCUAAGGAUCCUGCUAAUUUGUGUCUAGUGUUUUGGGCUGUGCUCAAAGAUGGCCAGUUACUAUUUGUUCCUUUGAAUCAGUCAUGUGUUGUGUCAAAAAACUAUCAGUCUGUUCCCCUCAAGAUUCCCCAUCAUGGUCAGUACUUCAUAUUUGUUUGGUUUGGGUUGUAUCCACCUGACUCAAGUCAUCUUUAUUGGUGGUGGAAUUAUCCCUGAUAUGGAUCUGAGGUGGGUAUAUGGAUACUUAGCUAGUCAAUAGUUUAAGUUCUUGACACACCAUAGCCUCCAUAUAGUUUUAUGAUAACCCUUCAUAUUUUUCAGCCGAAUAAAAAAAAAACAUUAAGAGGGUAUGUGCAGUCUUACAAGGAUAACUAAUGGAUUCUUAUGUCAGCUUUUUUAUAUAAGAAAUCUUUGGUGGAGCUCCCUUUAUAAAAGGAAAGCAAUGGUAUUCAUAACAAAUACAUUAUCUAGCUAUUAUCAUUAAGAUUUUAUUCCACAUUUGUGGCAAAAUGUUUAUUUUAUAAUUCCCAUGCCUACGUUUCUUCCAUUCCCAAGGAAACACAGCAACAAGUACACUUUAACACGGGAAGGGUGUGAAGGCUUGCUAGUUCAAAUUCUAGUCUCAGUGUUUGUUCCACAUCAACAAAAGACACUCAACAAGUAUUCUGGCUUUAGGACUUGAAAUAUAAGCAGUAAAGCAGAAAAAAUGAGUGAGCAAUAAUAUGAAGGAAGAAAGAAUUCUUGUGAAAGGUUAAGUAUUGCCACAAUAUCUGAAGUGCGCCUUUGAAUACAGCUGUUUUUUUCCUUGUCACUUCAUGAAAACCAAGUUGGCUGAGAAUCACUUGUUAAGAAAAAAAGUUCCAUGAAUAUUGAAUUUUUAUUGGAUUGUGCUUUUGUAUAAGUCGUUAGUGACCAAAUAUUGUGAUACACACCUCUUUGUACAAUUUAGUAAUUUCAUACAGUUCAAUAGGGUAAGAUAGAAACUAAGUAGGUAAAUAGGCAAUUAUAAUAUAUAGGUUUUGUGCAAUAUAUACAUAAUACUCAGUUAGCAUACAUUUUUUCACUUUCAUACCUUUUAAUAUCAAUGUUAUCUGAACUGUCAUGCUGCUGAUCAGGAAUUCUCUCUUAUUUAGGGUAUUGCUAAUUCACAAAAAGAUUAGUACUCCUUUGUCUAGUCAGCUUUUUAAGAACUGAAGAUGCAGAACAGUAUUAACAUAAGUAGUAUUACCUGUGCCCUGACAACCUUAGGAGGGGUGAGUGAGGAUGCGUAUUAGUGCAGCAGCAACUGACAGCAUAAGAUUAGAGUGGUUAGUUGACUUAGAGUGCAGGGUAACAAUUUUAUCAAUCAGUUCAUGUUUUUUCCCUUUUUUUAACAAUGCUGCAGUAUUUUAAUUCCUUAUGUCCAUUAAUCGUAAUAUGAUGCUCCAGAUGUGGUCUGUCUGUUCCCCAGUUCUAAAGUGUUUUCUUCACUAUAAUGUUUAUGUAUUCUGAGUUUUCAUGAAAAAAUAAAUUUAAAGGUAGAAAUCAAACAAUCCCAAACCAUCUUUUGAGUGUAUAGAAGUCAAACAAUCCCAAACCAACUUUUGAGUGUAUUGUGUUAAAUAUAUGCAUCAUUAGGGUGAAUGUGCUAAUGUCUGUAGUGAACUGAGUUAUGCUGCAAGUUGACUAUUGGUAUUGUUGGGCUCAUGACUACAAACAAAUUUAUUUUGCUACCUUUUUGCAUUGCUUAGUUUUGUAAAUGAUAGUAAGUACGGUAUUCUCUUAUGUACAAUUGAAAUUCAUCAUUUAAAGCUUUUGGAAAAUUUGAACUUUGGGAGAAUUAAUCUGCAAAACUGGGAAAAAAAUAACAUUGUAGCCUUCCAAGAUUGAUACACUUGUUUUUAAUAGUUUCUCAGCUUGUUCCAAAUGUAACGAAUGUAAGCAUGGAAAGACAGUACGAUGUAAUGGUCACAUGACAUCUUUCAAGCUUCUGAAAUUCUAGAAAAAAUCAAAAUAUACUCUCACCUCUAAGCAAAGAUACUAGAAAUGAAUAGGUGGGUGUGACGUACCAGUAAUGGUGACUAAGUAGGUUAGGAAAGGUUUAGUUAGAAAUUGAUCCAUCCAUUCAGAUAUUGAAGACAUUAUAGACUGCCAUAUUAAGUGUGAAUAUGUGAGAGACUGCUGUAUGCCAAGUUUUAAUCCAGUUUGUCAGUGCUCAUUUAUACUUCCAGUAACUACUAUUACUUUUUUUUUUAAGUAAGCUCAAUUUUAAUACAAUAAAAUACAUGUAUCACUUAUAAUUCUAAUGAUAUCUGAUAAUAAAAGUUAUAUACUA